GGAUUACCAGUUACAUGACAAAUGGAACAUAGUGGAUUACAUCACUUCCGGCUGUUUGGCGCGGCUCGGUGCAAAGUCCGAAGCUGGAAAGGUAACAGCACUUGGGAGACCGACACGUUUAUACGAGUUUCAACAUGUCUGAAGUGAGCAGCCAGCUGCCCACAGAGCCCAUCUCUGCAGUCGGAGUAGUCAGUUUUCUUAACAAGGCCCAUGAUGGCUUCUAUGCUGUUGCACAAACAACAGAUGGCUCUGACGCCGACCUGUGGAAGGACGGCUUAUUCAAAUCCAAGGUCACCCGCUACCUCUGUUUCACCAGAAAAACUGGGCCGGAGGUUGUUGUGGACAUGAAGCUGAUUGACAUAAAGGACGCGUUGCCAGAGGGCUUCACACCUGUGGAAGAAACAAUGGACACAAAGGAAACUGCCAUGAGGAAGAGGAGGCUCUGUGUGAAAAUGAGCCCUCGUGCGGCUGCUGAGACGGCGAUAUAUGACAUCCAGAUCACUGCGAAGUCCAAGUACCACCUUGUUAACUACACCUGCAUGGGCGAGAUUAACAAUAUGGGUCUGUGGUAUCGGUUGGGAGAUGUUCCAAAGCAGCAAGCAUCACAGGCGACGUCCACAAUAACUAACAGUGAAGCUCCAGCCUCCACAGCAAGCAGGAGGACCAUGAACAGGCCGUACUAUGAGCACCAGGGCAGCGGGACCUACACCAUGACAGCUCUGGAUGAUGUGCCUUUUAUGAUCUCUGAGAAGUUUUGCGGAAGAAAACCCAAAGAGAUGCAGCAAGUCAAUUUAAUGGGCAUUACGAUCAAAUCCCUGGCAGAGAUCGAGGAGGAAUUUCAAUACAACUUCAGUGCAGAGAGAAGCAUUGCUGUGUAACUUCACAUCAAACUCUCCUAACCACAGAGACAUGGUGCAGCAAGGACCAGAACUCUACAAAAAGACACCAGGAUGCAAAAUAAUGGACUCAUGGAAUUUAAAUUUUUUUUGUUAUUAAACAGAAGUGUAUAUUUUGUAAUUUAAGUCAAAAAGUAUUUAACUGUAACUGAUUUUAUUGAAGUGAUUUAUGAAGUAAGUUUGAUUAUGUACAACUUUGCACAUUAAAUUUUAA